UUUUUUUAAGCCCAAAAGUAUACAUACCAUCUCCCCUCACUCUUCUCAGUCUGACACCCCCAAGAAAACUAACCAAAUGCUGUCCACCCUGAAUCCUUUCACUCCUCCUCCUUCCCCCUCUUCUUCCUCCUCUCCAAGACCAAGACCACCGCCUGCGUCCAAUCCGUCUCUCCCCCUUCCCCCGUCCCCAACUCCCCAAAUCUCUUCCCACCUCUUCUCCCACCCCUCCUCCCUCCUCCUCGAGCUCUGCUCUGACCCCCGAGAGCUCCGCCAAUUCCUCCCCCUCGUCGUCAAGCACGGGCUUUUUCACGAGCACAUCUUUCAAACAAAGCUCCUUGGCCUCUUCUCCCGCUUCGGACACCUCCACGAGGCGGCCCUUGUCUUCGACUCCAUCGUCGACAAGACCGACGAACUCUAUCAUUCCAUGCUCAAAGGCCAUGCUAAGCACUCCCCUCUCGACAAAGCUCUCGCCUUUUUCUGCACCAUGAAGCACGCCCAUGUCCGCCCCGUGGUCUAUAACUUCACUUACCUGUUGAAGAGCUGCGGUGACAAUGCGGACCUCAAGAGGGGCCGGGAGAUCCACUCCCAGUUGAUCUCUAAUGGGUUCAGUUCCAAUGUCUUCACGAUGACCGCUGUCGUCAAUAUGUAUGCUAAAUGCCGACGAAUUGAUGAGGCUAGGAAGAUGUUCGAUAGAAUGCCUGAGAGGGACUCGGUGGCAUGGAAUGCGAUAGUUGCUGGUUAUGCGCAGAAUGGGUUGGCGGAGAGUGCUUUGGGGAUGGUUGCAAGAAUGCAGGAGGACGGGGUGACACCUGACUCAAUCUCCCUUGUUUCAGCUUUGCCUGCCUGCGCCAACAUUGGGUCUAUGAGGAUCGGGAAAUCUGUUCAUGGUGUUGCAAUUCGAGCUGGAUUUGAUUCGAUGGUGAACAUUUCAACUGCUCUGGUGGACAUGUAUGCGAAGUGCGGGGCCAUCGAGAAAGCAAGAUUGGUUUUUGAUAGGAUGAGGCUAAAGAAUGUUGUAUCAUGGAACUCAAUGAUCGAUGGUUAUGGGCAGAGUGGAGAUGCUGAGGAGGCAAUUAGGCUGUUUAAGGAGAUGUUGGCAGAAGGUUUUGAGCCGACGGAUGUCACCAUUAUGUGCGCUUUGCAUGCAUGUGGAGAAUUAGGGGAUCUUGAGGAGGGGACGUUUGUUCAUGAGAUGCUAAUUAGACUUGGAUUGGGGUCCGAUGCUUCGGUUAUGAAUUCUCUGAUCACCAUGUAUUCCAAGUGUAAGAGAGUAGAUCUUGCCGCCGAGAUAUUUGAGUGCCUGCGGGCAAAAACUCUUGUCUCGUGGAAUGCUAUGAUUUGGGGCUAUGCACAGAAUGGACGCACUGAUGAUGCUUUGAGACUCUUUAGCAAGAUGCAGUGGCAGAAUGUAAAGCCAGAUUCUUUCACCCUAGUUAGUGUAAUUCCUGCACUUGCUGACUUUUCGGUCUUAAGGCAGGCAAAAUGGGUUCAUGGAUAUGCUAUUAGAUUGUGUUUGGAUGGUAAUAUUUUUGUGAGGACAGCUCUAAUUGACUUGUAUGCAAAGUGUGGGCGUGUUAACAUAGCAAGAAAGCUCUUUGAUGCAACUAAUGAGAGGCAUGUGACAACAUGGAAUGCAAUGAUAGAUGGCUAUGGAACUCAUGGGUUUGGCAAGUCUGCUAUUGAGUUGUUUGAGGAGAUGAAAAGGAGCCCUGUGAAACCUAAUGACAUCACAUUCCUCUGUGUUUUAUCAGCUUGCAGCCAUGCUGGUUUGGUUGAUGAGGGGCAGAAGUACUUUGCAAGCAUGAAGAAAGACUAUGGCUUUGAGCCAGGAAUGGACCACUAUGGGUCUAUGGUGGACCUUUUAGGUCGUGCCGGUAAGCUUGAUGAAGCUUGGGACUUCAUCCAGAAGAUGCCGAUCAAACCUAGCAUUAGUGUUUAUGGUGCCAUGUUGGGUGCUUGUAAGAUUUACAAAAAUGUACAGUUGGGAGAGGCGGCGGCCAAGAGACUGUUUGAGCUAGAGCCAGAAGAUGGAGGUUAUCAUGUGUUAUUGGCUAAUAUAUAUGCAACAGCUUCUAUGUGGGAGGAUGUAGCUAGGGUGAGAACUAUGAUGGAGAAGAAAGGCUUGCAGAAGACUCCGGGUUCCAGUUUUAUUGAUUUGAAAAAUGAAGUUCAUACCUUCUAUUCGGGGAGUACAAAUCACCCUCAGGCAGGGAGGAUAUAUGCAAGAUUAGAUAGAUUGAUGGAUGAGAUUAAGGCUGUGGGCUAUGUGCCUGAUACCGAGUCAAUACAUGAUGUGGAAGAGGAUGUCAAAGAACAGCUGCUCAACACCCACAGUGAGAAGCUGGCCAUUGCAUUUGGGCUCAUAAACACUAGCCCAGGCACCACAAUUCAGAUACGAAAGAAUCUUCGUAUCUGCACUGACUGCCAUAAUGCGACAAAAUUCAUAUCUCAGGUGACCGGGCGGGAAAUUAUCCUGAGGGAUAUUCAGCGAUUCCAUCAUUUUAAGAAUGGACACUGUUCAUGUGAAGAUUAUUGGUAGCAGGGCUUGUAGCUGUCUAAAUUCUAAGAGCCGCAUAAAUCAUAGGUACCCUGUUGUAUAGGCUCAAGAAAGUUCUGGUAAUUAAGCUCAUUGAGCAGUCAACAACAUUCAAACAGUUGGACAACUCUGAUUUUGCUAUUUGUAAGAAGAUGCUAGUUCUUCCAUAGAAAGGUUGCUCAAGGGGAGUGUGCUGGAGCAGUCAUCAUGACAGAGUGGGUCUACAUAUUAAGUUCCAAGAAUCCCUUAAAGCUAGAGGACCAAAGACAGAAGCUCUGCAAGUUUAUAGGGUUGAUGCCCCCAGAUAAAUUGACUGAGUGAAUGUGCUUGCUGUGCACUUAUAUAAUCUAACAAUUAUAUGAUUUGUGCAGGCGGCUUCAAGAUGAUAAUAUUUUGCAAAAUUCUGUUAUAUAAAGAAGACCGCAAAGUUUACAACUAUAAUUGGCUCUAGACAAAUGGAUUUUAGGAUGGAGGUGACAAGAUGAAUAAUCACAGAAAUGAAAUUUCAAGGACCGUGUACUUAGGAAGACAAAUAAGGAAUUAGUGAGGGUUUUGAUGGAGUCUUUUAGUUGGCUUUUAGUUGGUAGGACUUGAUAUCUGUGGCACGGCCUCUUCAGGUGAUGUUAAUGCAAUGAAAGCCAAGAACUGAAGCAGAGAAUUCUUCCAUGUACCACAACAGUUGAUUGCAUAUUCUUUAAUCCAUUUGUGGAUGUGUAAACUAAAUUAACAAAGCUAGUUGUCACCUCAUUUGCAAUUGUUCUAUUUUCUAUAAUUUGGACAUUAUAACAACUUCAGGAUAAACAUGAUGAACAGCAUUAUACGCGCUGAUGGAGACAAAGGAAUAGCUAAUGGGAAAAAUGAAGGCAGAGAGGAAAUUUUUCUGAGUGGCAAAGGUAAUGCAUGUUCUAUACUGCCUGACCGUGUGGAGGAUGCAGAUUAUUUUAGAACGCUUCUCUGUAACGUACAUAGAAUGUCUCUAAGUUGGAAGUAAAUAUUAUCCUCAUUCCUCUUCCUCAUUGCUUCUUUGUGAAAUUGCUUCUCAUGGAGCCUACGGAGGCUGCCCAAGGGGUUUCGUUGCUUGGUACUGGCUUCAAUAAAGCAAACUACCUAUCAUCAACAAAAUAAAGCAAACAAGCCACCAUACAGACUGACACAGAUCCAUUGCUUGGUUGCUUGGAUUUAGCUUAUUUGCGCACCCACAGCAUUUCUCAAGCUGACAUUUUAUCGUGAUAUGGAAUGUUCCAUUUCAACGCAUGUAUCAAUCAUUUAUCUGACAAAUCAUCAAAUAUUCAAGUCUACAACCAGCAAGGCCAAUCAACUAUCUCUACAAUUGGCCUCAAACCUAGAAACAGUGUGGGAGUGGGAAAAAAAAAAAAAAAAA